CGAUCUAUUGACAGGUUACUUUUCAGUCGUCUUAAUAUCAAUUAAUUUAUAUAUUUUUAGUUUGAAGGAUACAAUUACUAGAUAAAUCACUUACAUCUGGGCCUUUAUUCCUUAAAUGAAGAACGCCAAUUACACCGAUAACAACUACACAAAUGCAAACGGCACCAAUUUAUAAUUCGUCAUCAAUUAUGCCACCAGAACCAACAAGUCAAAAUAAAGUGACAAUGUGUUUUCAAUAUUCAUAUUCAGGAAUUUUUAAUAGUAGUCAGUCAAUAUUUAGUCCGCCAUUUUCUACUCAUACUGAUACCUUUUGGCAAUUGAAGUUUACACCAUUGUGUAGUGAAUAUCCAGAUUAUUGCUCAUUAGCAUUAUUUUGGAUUAGAAAUCCUGAUGAACAAAAAUCAGGUCGAUUAUCAAAUGAAAGAUUACAUGUAACAAAAGCACUUUUGUUUGUAAAAGAUAGUGACUCGAACCGACUUAUCGAAAAAAAAUUAGUUAAUAUAAAGUCAUUUCGUAAUCGAUGGCCUGGUCAAGGAUGGGGAAAUUUUGUGCAAAGAAUAUAUUUAACGGACCGAAUAACAUUUGGGGUAGAAUUUGAAACAAUUCCGUUACAACAAAGUGAGAUCACAUUAAUACCGAAUGAAUCAUAUCCAAAUACGUUAAAAACAGCAUGGGAAGAACAAUUAGAGUUACCGACAGGGUCUGAUGUACAGUUUAAUGUAGAAGGGCAUACUUUAUACGCUUCAAGUAAAAUUCUUUCAAAUCGAUCUCAAUAUUUUAAAGAUAUGUUCCAAGGAGAUUGGUGUGAAGUUUCAAAGCCUAAUUCAAGUUCAUCAUCAUCAUCAUCAUCAUCAUCAUCAUCAGUAGCAACAACAGCAACAACAGAAACAGAUACAACGAUUGAAGAAGUGACACCUGAGGAUAUUUUAUUUAAUCAUGAUAUUAAACCACCAAUAUCUCCGGUUCCUUCAAUAACGUUGGAUUCAGAAACAAUAUCUUCACCACCAACUUCAUCAAAUUCUUAUACGAAAUAUAAAAUUUUUAUAACAGAUUGUAAUUUUGAAAUAUUUAAAGAUAUGUUAGUAUUUUUGUAUACGGAUCAAACACCAUUUACGAAAAAUAAUGGUAAAGAUCAAUUAAGUUAUGCUAUUGAAAUAUUUAGUAUAGCAGAUAAAUACCUUAUAGAUGAUUUACGUUAUAGGGCCAUGCAAAUUAUUUGGGAAUCUUUAACUGAUGAUAGAGCUGCUGAAAUAUUAUUUAGUGUGGCGACAAAUUGGCCUGAUCUAAAAGAAUGUGUUUUAGAUUAUGUUGUAAAUAGAUUUAAUUUUGUUAGAAAAACUGAUACAUUUAAAAAUAUCAAAUCCAAUCAAUCUAAUUAUCCGAGUGCUGGUGAAGUUUUUGCCGAAUUAUUACUUAAAUUGGUACCAGAUUCCUAAGAAUGGACUCAUUAAAUAAGUAUGUACAGAUUAUCAAAAAAUUUGAGAGGAUUAAACAAUUAAACCAAAUUUGGGAAAAUAAAAAGUUUAUCGACGUUUUUUAACUCAAUAUGGCUAAAUGAAUAAUAUAUCUUAAAAUAAU